UUUGAGCCCACUUGCAGUAUUUAUAGUUCACAGAGGAUUUAGGAAACAGAGGUUGAAGCAAUGGACAUAACAUUUUCUACGAUGCAAGUUAUUCUGGUAGGAGCCGUGACAAUUUUUCUUGUGACAACAAUUCUAGUAAAAUACCUUGGAAAUUAUAGGAGCCGUCUCCCUCCAGGCCCCAGAGCUAUUCCUGUAAUUGGUCACCUUCAUCUUCUCAUAGAUAAAACCAGGCCAAUUCACCAGAUUCUAAAUUCACUCUCACUGCUCUAUGGGCCUAUUAUGCAACUCAAAUUUGGUAGCAGCCCUGUUCUAGUGAUAAAUUCUUCAGAUUUAGCCAAAGAAUGUUUUACAGUAAAUGACAAGGCUUUUGCUUCUAGACCUCGGCCUGCACAUGGCCAGCAUUUGGGCUACAAUUAUUAUAAUCUGGGUUGGGCUCCUUAUGGCCCCUACUGGAGAAAUGCUAGAAAAAUCUGUGUACUCGAGCUUCUGUCCUCCAAAAGAAUCCAAUCAUUUAGACCCAAGAGGAUGAAAGAGAUUUGUAAGGCAGUAUAUUCUAUGUUUCAACAGUCACAAUUGCAGAGUAUUGUGAACAUGAGAAAUGUUUUGUACCAAUUGACUUUUAAAACCCUGAUGGCUAUGAUCAUAGAUGACAGGUAUUUUGGCGAAGAAUUGGGGAUUCCAGCAGAUUUGUUUACCCAUCUGAUUGAAGAGACUCUUAUACUUAAAGGAGUAAUUUGUAUUGGGGAUUAUAUACCCUGGUUGAAGUGGCUUGAUUUGCAGGGGUACGAAAAGGCUAUGAAGGAGGUACAGGGAAAGUUAGAUUUGUAUAUGCGGAGAAUUCUGGACAAGCACAGGGAGAAAGGAUUAAAAGAGGAGGGAGUGAUGGAAGACUUUAUUGAUGUGCUAAUCUCACAGGCAAAGGAGAAUGGUGACGCAAUUCCUGAAAAAGAUGCAUUUAUUAAGGCAACUGCUCUAGUUAUGAUAGGUGCAGGAUCUGAUACAUCUUCAGUUGCACUAGAGUGGGCACUGUCAAUGUUAUUGCAACAUCCCAAAGUAAUGAAUAAGGCGCAAGAGGAGCUUGAUUCUAAAAUUGGACGAAACAGAUUGGUGGAGGAAUCAGAUAUACACCAGUUACAAUACUUGCAAGCAAUAGUUAAAGAGACUUUGCGUCUUCAUCCAUCGGCACCUUUGCUUGUGCCACACAAAUCUAUUGAGGAUUGUAUACUGGGAGGUUAUCAUAUUCCUUCAGGAACAUUGCUGAUGGUAAAUGCAUGGGCAAUUCAUAGGGACCCAAAAGAAUGGAAUAAGCCAUUAGAGUUUAUACCAGAGCGUUUUACGGAGAAGGAAAUAGAGAUAGAUAACAUACUGAGAGGGAAUGAUUUUGAGAUGAUUCCUUUCGGGGCAGGGAGAAGAGGAUGUCCAAGGGCUUCUUUGGCAAUGUGUAUGAUGCAAACAACUUUGGCAAGGUUGUUGCAGAGCUUUGAUUGGUUUGUUCCAGAUGGAAGAUUGAUUGACAUGAAUGAAGGGAUUGGUUUGACAGCGCCAAGGGCAAUGCCUUUGGAAGUUAACAUCAAGCCUCGUCUUUCCCAUCAUCAAUACCAGCAAGAAGUCUAGUUAUAGACCAUUGAACUCCUCUGUUUUUUUGGUUUAUGGUUUGAAUGCACAAUAAAUAUCAUGUUCACAUGAUUGGGAGCACAAAUAAUCGAUGAGCUUCAGCUUAAUGCCAAGGACAAAUGAAAUCCUUCCAUGUUUUAGAUCAAAAAAAAUUUCAAAGGAAGAAAACAUAUUUAUUACAGUACUAAGAAUAUCAUUAUAUUCAAUAUACACAUAUUUG